UAAAAUGCUCUGUUGUUUUCAAAUAAAGGGAUGUAAAGAAGUGAUUACACUUUAAACUGAAAUGCCUUUUAGGUYAUUUUCAAAUUAAAAAAUAUUUCAAUAGGGUCGGACUCAAACUAAUCUUUUAUUUUGAAAGUAGCAGCCGGAUGUUGUGAUCCGUCCCGAUGACUGACUGCAGCGAUUUUAUUGAGCUUUUAUUUUGUUUUUGUAGCUCUGCUGCGUCGCCUUCCGGUCACUUGGUGUCGCUGCAGUCUCCUUACGGUCCUGACCCGGUUCCGGAUGACCCGCAGAGGUAACUGGACUCAUGGCUUGGAGGAGCUGCUCGGUCCUCUUCAGACCGACCGGAGGAGACCUGAUCCGGAACUCCGCGUGGCGGGGCAGGUGGCCUCACAGCUUCCAGCAGAGACGUUGUUUCAGAAAUGUUUCCAAAAAAACAGAACCCAAAAAGAUGGAGACCCCUGGCCCCGCCCACACAGAGACCCCCAAGUCUGCGGUCCAGCACCGGACCCCUACACCGAUGGUGGACCCGGAGGCCACCAUCAGCUCCCCCCGGUCCUUCGGCCGGCUCGUCAGACCCUUCUUCUUCACAGUGGGG